AAAACAUUUCCUUAUAGUAGAAAAAACUGUCUUGCAAUUAUUAUUUUUCCCUGCUUUUCCAAGACUUUCCUGGGAUGCGAGUGAGUGGAUCUGUCCGGAGAAAUUCCCUGUUAUUAAAAAAAUACACCCGAGUGAGCGAAACAAAAUAGUAAAUGACGGAAGGUGACUUGGAAACAAAUAUACGAGAGGAAUGACAUACGCAGCGCUGUAAUCCUUCUGGCUGCGAGCGUGCUGUGAAGUGCUGCCGUCUUCCCAACCUUGAAAAUUAAAGAAACGCGGCUCAUUCACACAGUAUCGAACAGUUACAACAAAAACAACAAAAAGCGAUUGCGUUUUGCGAAACUUGAACAUUAAAGAAAACGGUUGAAUCAUGAGUGAGUGAAGAUAAAAUAAAAAUAAGUGAUUGUCGUCUUCCUAACUUUGUAAAGAAACGCGACUGAUUCACACAUUAUCGUGCAGUAACAACAGAAUAAGUGAUAGGCGUCGUGUUAACCUCGAAACGUAAAGAAACCCCGCUCAUUCACGAACUAAUGGAUUUAAACAGAGUGAUCACUGCCUUUGUUGGACUGAGAAAGUAAGAAAGGCAACGCAUAAGAACGACAGUCAGUGCUUCAGUCUUGUCCUACUGAAAAAAGAAGGAAAAGGACAACGUGUGUAAUUAGUAAGGAAAUACCAAAACAAAGAAAAAAGUGUUUAACGUCUUACCCAACAGAAAAAAAAAAACUGGUCUUUCAUAGAGACACUGAACCAUAAAAGGAUCCAGUGAACGCGAAGACAAACUGCUUCCAUACAUUAACACAAACUCAGAGACAGUAAAUGUGAGACAAAAUACGAAAAGAUCACAAUGUCUACCUCUACCAUCACCACCGCCACCACCGCCGCCGCCACCAAUGGAUUUCUCCCUCCUCCUCACCGCUCCACAAUCACCACCACCACCACCACCUCCCUUUCUGAUAAGCGCUCCGACUCUCCUUUAGACAGAAAGGUGGAAGAAGGAGAGGAGGAGGAGGAGGAUGGAGAAGAGAUUACGACUGGUGAAAAUCAAGACUCGCUUCUCUUCCCCGUCACACACACGCCACAGCAACGUCCCCACAGCACGCCACAGCCACCCUCCGCUGUGUGGGCCGCGCGGGGGACGCCAGGAGACUUCAACACAGCAGACACGAGGCUCCUGAGUCCUUCUGUGCCUCCCUGGUGGUGUGGUACAAACAGGGAACAGCGGGAAUUCACGAAGCCAUCACUGGAAUCAGAUAACAGCGAGGAGGACGAUGAUAGCACGUGGUUAGCAGACGAGGAGACGCCACUCAUAAUGCUGAAGAAGGAAGGAGGCAGUAAACAUAAGAGGAGAAGGAGGAGAAAGAGGAGUGAAGAAGUAAUUACUGAGGGUACCAAGAGAAGAACAUGUGGAACACCUUUAUGCGCUGCUGUGAUUCUCUCCCUCCUCUCCACAGCAUCAGCCAGCAUCAGUAACGACAUACACAGAGGAGCGAAGGACGAGCCAAGCUUUGGGGAGUCCAUUCAGAACGUGACGGUGGCAGCGGGUCGCGAGGCAAGACUGUCCUGCAUAGUGGAUAACCUCGGCAGCUACAGGGUUGGAUGGCUCAAGGUGGACUCCCAGACUAUACUGACGCUACAGAACCGAGUCGUGACACACAAUGCUCGCAUCACGCUCACUCACGACCAACACCGCACCUGGAACCUGCACAUUAGACAGGUGAAGGAGUCAGACAGCGGGUGUUACAUGUGUCAGAUCAACACCCCGAUCAUGCAGAACCAAGUGGGCUGCAUCAAGGUGCAUGUGCCCCCGGAUAUUAUCAACGACCAGACAUCUUCAGACACCACCGUCAAUGAAGGGGAGAGUGUAACCCUGCGCUGCGUGGCUGAGGGCUACCCACGACCUGAGAUUAAGUGGAAGAGAGAGGACGGUCGACGUAUUACCUUAAAAUCAUCCCCAAGAGAAGUGUCCAAAGAGGUGGAGUCAGUUCCCGGCAACAAUCUUACAUUGGAAAGCGUGUCCAGGAAGCAGAUGGGCGCCUACCUGUGUAUCGCCAGUAACAAAGUGCCGCCCUCUAUCAGCAAACGUAUCAUCGUCAACGUCAAUUUCUCGCCCGUAGUGAAGGCGGACAACCAGCUGAUCGGCUCACCCAUUGGAAAGAACGUGGAGAUUGAAUGCCACGUGGAAGCUUACCCAAGGGCGGUCAAUUACUGGGAGAGAGACAACGGCGAGAUGCUCUUAGACGGGAGAAAGUACAAGCUACAAGAGACAGUGGACAUCUAUCGCGUUACCAUGAAGCUGGUGAUACAGGACUUUACGAAGCAAGACACGGGUCAGUACAAGUGUAUCUCCAACAACUCACUCGGCAAGGCGGAGACCAGCAUCCGUCUGUACGAGAUUGAGGUCCCCACGCCAAGGUCCACCACGGAGAACCAGUACCACCCUUACUCCACAACGCCACACAGCAAGUCCGUGAAUCUCAUACGGACGGACCACGACUACCGAAAGAACACGGACGUGAUAGGAGGCAUAGGAGGGGGAAUACCUGAAGGAGGAGGCACUGGGAUCGGAAGAGGAAUCGACUUCACUAACUACGGAAUGGAACUGGAUUACAAGAUGAGGGAGGACGGACGCAACAGACAGCGAUCAGACAGACUGGAGUACGACAAGAAAGGAGGCGUGGAGGGAUUCUUUCCUCCUCCUGAAGGUGGUAAUGGGCAUGGCAGCAGCGCCCCCUCCACUCACACCCCGCCCAAGUGGCGAGGGUUAGGGUGGAGCUUCAUAGGAUUGGUCAGUGUGGCUCGCUGGUUGUUAGUGAAUCCCUUUUAGUCUGGUAUGUAAUCCUGGUAUCAACUCGUACUCGCAUUAACUCGGUACACUUGUUUGUCUGGUUGUCUGGUACUGGUGUAAGGGUGUAAGUGGUGUUAGAGUGUGCAGUCACUCCAUUUGUAGCAUGUACACCUGGAUUCUAAUCGCCGUACCUGGGCUGACACAAAUGAACGCACCUGGUAAUUGCUGUACCAGGUAAAAAACACACCUAACUGGGCACAAGGUUAGGGUCAGUUGCUGCUUGAGAGAACACACCAAUAAACAUAAACACGUGACUUUUGACAACGGCGCAUAAACGUGAUGAACAAUUAAGCCGCAGAAAUGGAUCUAUUUAGUAUCUUUUUCAGGUUAGGUAAGGUUAGAUUUAGCUAAGUUGCCUGCCUGAGAGAACACAGCUGACUAGCUAACCAAUAUGUGACUUUUAAGCGUGGCACAGAAACGCGGUCAAUAACUACAGCGCAAAACUGGAGAGCAAUAGUAUCUGUUGUAUUAGAUUAGGUUAGAUUGGGUUGCGUUGGUUGAAUUGGGUUGGGUUGGGUUGGGUUGGG